AUGUCCGUGAUGUUUCUAUAUCACAGCGAAUUAUAUGUUGCUGUACUAGCCGGGCUCAUUGCCCAUUGGACGUACUUCAUUCAUGGCGAACAUGACUUAGAGGCUCCAAAUAUCGCCCGAGUUCAUAUUCUACUCAGCAUCCUAAUAGGCUACUCGGAAUGGAGUCUCGCAAAGCUAUCAAUAUGGCAUGCUAUUGAUCAAAGUCUUGCCAUUGGCUUAGCCUACCUUGCAAGCCUCAUGUUUAGCAUCAUCGCCUUUCGCCUUGUUCUGUCGCCCUUGCGUCAUAUUCCAGGUCCUUUACGACUUCGAUGGACGAAAUUGACACAUGUAUGGGAUACAGCUCGAGGUCAGAACUUCAAAGACCUACACCAGCUCCAACGCGAGUAUGGAGAUGUAGUACGCACUGGCCCCAAUGAGGUAACGGUCUUUGGUACCGAUGCCUACUUCCAGGUUCAUGGUUCAGAUACAACCUGCACCAAAGCUGCCUACUAUGAUAUCCUUAAACCUAUGGUGUCGGUACAGACGACACGAGACCCUGUUGUCCAUGCACACCGGCACAAGGUGUGGGAUCAAGCAAUGACUUUGGAACGUCUCGAGCCAGUCGUCUACGAACUCGCCCACAAGCUCAUUGACGAGUUGCGAUACCGAGAGAAUGGGAUCAUUAAUAUGACUCAAUGGCUCGAAUAUUAUACAUUUGAUCUAAUGGGUCUGGUCUCAAUGGGUGUCAGAUUUAGGGGCCUUUCUAGGUGCGAGGACUCCAUCAUCUCACUAUUUCGUAGGGCCCAUAGGAACCUGGGCUUGUUCGCGCCGGCACCGUGGAUUCAGCACCUCUUCAUGAGCAUCCCUUUUAUCACGCGAAUGAAAGACCUCCGGCAGUACAAUGAGUGGGCAAAUGAUCAAUUGGCAAAGAAUAUUGAAAACCUCAAUCAUAAUAGUGACCGAACAGACGUGAUGAAGCAUAUUAUUGAAGAUGCUAUAAAACAUGGUGGUGUUGGGCGGAACUUCAACGAUGUGUUUGGCGACUUUAUCAUCGCGGUGGUAGCAGGCAGCGACCCGCCAUGGCAAGCUCUGGUUGAUCUCAUGUAUUACCUUACCCGUGAGCCCAAUCAUGUUGGCCUCAUUCGCCAGGAACUAAGUCUCAUCGACUUACAUGACUACCGAGCCCUACAAAUACAACCUCACUUAAACGCGUGCUUAUACGAAACCCUCCGUCUACACCCAGGUGUCCCGUCAGGAAGCUACCGUCUUCCUCCCCACGGAGGGAUAACUCUCAACGGAGUUUAUAUAGCCUAUGGGACGACGAUAGUCACGCCACAGUAUAGUCUACAACGAGACAAGCGCAAUUUUUCCAGGCCGGAUGACUGGAUACCAGAAAGAUUUACGACACGGCCCGAGUUAAUAUUGGAUAAGAGGGCUUUUAUGCCGUGGGGAAUAGGUAAACAUAUCUGUCUCGGCAAGAAUUUUAGCCUGAUGGAAAUGCGUGUUGCGGUCGCUCUUCUCGUCACUGAGUUUGAUUUUUCAUUUGCUCCGGGGGAAGACAAGGAGUCAGUCUUGAAGCAAACGACCGACUUUUUCACAGCUGCCCCAGGACCUCUAAAACUUGUUUUAAGAAGCCACAAGGGUAAUCACUGA